AUUGGACAGAGCCGAUUCCAGCGUUGUUUCUCUUUAUCCUUAUGAUUUCCUUUGUUUUGAAACUGGGCACUUUCUGGAACAAGAGCUCCCAAAAACUUCCACCAGGACCAAGGCCUUUACCUCUCAUUGGGAAUCUCCACAUCAUGGAUCUGAAGAGACCUUACAGAACCAUGUUAAAGUUGUCAAAGCAGUAUGGCCCUGUCUUCAGCAUCCAAAUGGGACCCCGGAAAACUGUGGUGUUGACAGGAUAUGAGACAGUAAAGGAGGCUCUUGUUAAUCAGGCAGACGCAUUUGCAGACAGGCCCAUCGUUCCAGUGUUUCAAGAGCUUGGAAAAGGCUUUGGUGAGGCACUUCCCUUUCUGUAAAUUAUGUCUAAUGGUGAGAACUGGAAAGUGAUGCGACGGUUUGCUAUAAGCACAUUGCGGGACUACGGAAUGGGAAAGAGGACCUUAGAGGAAAGAAUUGUUGAGGAAUGCAGUGUCCUGAUAAAGAAAUUUGAAUCUUAUGAAGGAAAGCCGUUUGAGACAACCACAAUUAUGAAUGCAGCUGUUGCCAAUAUGAUAGUGGCCAUACUACUAGACAAACGAUUUGAUUAUGAAGAUCCCACAUACAUAAGACUUCUGAAGUUGGUCAAUGAAAAUGUCCAGCUUCUUGGAAGCUCUUCAGUCACGCUGUAUAACAUGUUUCCUGCUCUUGGUUUUCUCCUGGGGGCUCAUAAGACUGUCAUUCAAAACAGAGAUGAGCUGUUUGCCUUCAUAAAUGCCACCUUCAUAAAACACCUCAGAGAUCUGGAUGAAAAUGACCAGAGGAGCUUCAUUGACUCAUUUCUUAUCCAACAGCAAGAGGAGGAGAAGAAGAACAAGACCAAUGCAUAUUUCCACAACGGAAACAUAAAAAGUGUUGUGGCCGAAUUAUUUGGUGCUGCCCUGGAUACCACUUCUACCACAUUGCGCUGGGGACUUUUACUAAUGAUGAAAUAUCCUGAAAUUCAGAUAAAGGUCCAAGAAGAAAUUGCGAAGGUUAUUGGAUCUUCUCAGCCAAGGAUUGAACACCGGACAAAAAUGCCUUAUACAGAUGCAGUGGUCCAUGAGAUCCAGAGAUUUGCCAACAUCGUCCCAAUCGUCCUGCCACAUGCCACGACUACAGAUGUUACCCUCAAUGGUUACUUCAUUUCAAAGGGGACAUACAUCAUAAUAUUGCUGUCCUCUGUGCUGCAUGAUGAAUCUCAGUGGGAGAAACCACAUAAAUUCUAUCCUGAGCAUUUUCUCAACUCUGAAGGAAAAUUCGUAAAGAGAGAUGCUUUCAUGCCUUUCUCCGCAGGUCGGAGAGCAUGUUUAGGUGAGACUCUUGCCAAAAUGGAGCUCUUCCUCUUCUUCACAAGUCUCCUGCAGAAAUUCACCUUCCAGCCACCCCCUGGAACAUCUCAAGAAGACCUGGACCUUACUCCUGCUGUUGGGCUAACAACAUCGCCUAUGCCCUACCAGCUCUGCGCUCUGCCACGUUUCUAAGACUCACAAGUUCUUGGGUUGCUUAGCCUACCUGUGUUGGCAAUGCAAGCCUUUUUUAAAACACCCCUGUUUGGGUUGAGUAGCCUACUGGUGGAAUUGGCGCCUGCUUUGUCACAAAUAGCAUUGGAGUUUCAUGUAUUCCCAUGUUAACAUAUACCAUCAAAUAUCUUGAAGCAUCAUAUUCCCAAGUAGAUGUGCAGAGAAUUGUGACCAAGACGAAAAAGUGUCUGGAAACCAUGCCUUAUGAGAAAUGGUUGAGGAAGCUGGUAUGUUAACUCCUGUGGCUGCAAUGUAUUCGGAUUCUGAACUGUAUUUGUUGUUGCCAGCAGGGCCGGCGUGUGCAUUUAGGCGAACUAGGCAGUUGCCUAGG